GAAUAUAAUUUUAUUGCUGCACGUAAUCUGGGAAAUGUCUCGAAUGGAUAAAGCAAUGGUUGGAUUAACACCACAGCUUGAAAUUUUGAAGAAGACAGCCAAGGCAUGUAUAGUUCUUUUCCCUCUUCUUGGUGUCACUUGGUUGUUUGGYGUCCUGACUAUGUCACAAGUGGGUGUGGCUGCCCAGUAUAUUUUCACAAUCAUGAAUUCAAUACAGGGUUUCUUGAUCUUCCUUUUCAAUUGUGUUAGAAAUAGUGAGAUAAGAUCAAAAGUCAAGAGCAAAUUUCAUUUUUUUCAUCGCCCCAGAACACCAUCAACCAUCAUGCCCAGUCCCAACCCCAUAACUCUUCGACAAUCUGAUAAUGUAACUAUGACAGCAUUUAACAAGCGAUCGGCAGAAUUACCUGAAGGAGAACAAGUGCUCAAUAAUAAGGGACAAGAUGCAAAAGAAAAACAACUUUGUGUAAAGAAAAAUAACAAGGAAAGUAAAAGUGCCAAAAAAACUCAGAGAAAAGGAAACUUGGAGAAACCUCAGAAAAACUUAGAGAAAAGACAGAAUUCAAAGAAAGUUUGAAACAUUUGUCACUGAUGUAAAUUGUAUAUUGUAAACUGACAUGUUUUUUUGGUAAUGAAUAGAUAGCACAAUAAAUAUAUAUUGCCUCCUGAUCACAAUCAAACAUUGGGAGCAAUAGGAUUAAAACAAAAUGGUGGUAUU